AUGCAACGACCAUUAACAGAUGAGGAACGUGCUAGAAUUGCUCGAUCAAAAGCUGAGGCUUUGAAAAGAGCUGCCGCUAGAAAAGCACGACAAGCUGAAACUGCAGGAGUUUCUAAGAGUGUGCCGGUUAGUUCUCUCUCUUCAUCUUCCUAUUCAACUGCAAGCUCCGCUCAACAAACUAAACAGAGUACAAGUUUACAAGGAGUGAAAAGACCAACAAGUGAUACUUACAAUUCAUUUAAGGGUAAUAAUACAAGACCUAGUGGACAACCAAUUCUCAGUUCGUUAGCACAGAAUGCUCCCCAUCCAUCUUUGCCUGUUAAAUCUGUGUUUCCUAAAGAACCUGCUAUAGCACCUCUUUUCUUAGCAACUAAAACAAACGUGACUGUGACAUUCAGAGUGUUCACCGCGGAGAGAUUCAAGGUCCAUACUUAUCCAUAUCAUGCCUCCGUGACGAAUACUAUCAAAAACUUACCAUACGAGAGCCGAUCUUAUGAAGAGAGAGAUAAGCUCUGGAGUGUUAAGUUCUGUGAAAUGAGAAACUUAGAAGACGCUUUAAUGGCUUUGAAAGAUGUCAAUGUAACUAUUGUAAAUAUCGCACCUGAAAUUUUGAAAAUGUUCCAAUCACUCAAGAAAGAAACCAUUCCAAGUAAUUUAUUUAUUAUGAUCGAUGCUACUUUGGCCAAAGUCUUGUUCCCCUAUCAGAGAGAAGGAGUAGCGUUCGCACUCGAAAGAAAAGGACGUGCGAUCAUUGCUGAUGAAAUGGGUCUGGGAAAGUCUCUUCAGGCUAUAACCAUUGCUAGAUAUUAUAGAUCCGAAUGGCCUCUUGUCAUAGUUUGUCCGUCUUCAGUGAAGUAUGCAUGGAAAACACAAUUCAACACGUUCUUACCGGUAAUCUCUCGUAUUUCUGUCAUUGAGAAAGGUUCAGAUCCUCUUCCUGAUGUCAGAACAUCCAAUACAGUUGUAAUAAUAUCGUACGAUCAGAUGGUUUUAAAACAUAAAGAGCUCGCUAGGUUGGCAUAUCAAGUUCUCAUUCUGGAUGAAUGUCAUUUGUUGAAGGAUUCAAAAGCUAAACGAACUCAGGUUGCCACGGACUUAGCAAAAAUCGCUAACCGUGUCAUAAUGCUGUCAGGAACGCCAGCUCUUUCCCGACCCGCAGAGCUGUUUUCUCAAGUGAGGAUCAUCAAUCCUUCUUUGUUCCCAAACUACCAACAAUUUGCCAUUCGAUACUGUGAUGGCAAACAAGGGAGGUUUUGUUUUGAAGCUAAAGGCUGUACUAACAGUGAAGAGUUAGCAGCUAUACUCAUGCACCGUGUGAUGAUCAGAAGGUUGAAGAACGAUGUACUCAAAGACUUGCCAGAUAAACGUCGAGAGGUUAUUUAUCUGCAAGGUGACAGCAUCGAUCAUCGUAUGGACGGUUUGAUGAAAGCCAAACAAGCUUUCGAGUUUAAUAACAACGCGAAUCCCAAAGAUAGCCACGAUUCCCUUCUAGAGUACUUCAGUAUGACAGGAAUUGUGAAGGCAGCUGCCGUUAGUAGCCAUGUUCUUGACAGUCUCUUCUACCCGGAUGCUCCUCCUAGGAAAGUAUUAAUAUUCGCUCAUCAUCAAAUAGUUCUUGAUACGAUCAGUGUAGAGGUACAAAAACGCAAUUUGAAAUAUAUUAGAAUAGAUGGAACUACUCAAAGUGUUCGUAGAGGAGAACUGUGUAAAUCGUUCCAGGAAGAUCCUACUGUCAUGGUUGGUAUCCUUUCCGUCACCUCAGCUGGUGUAGGUAUCACACUCACUGCUGCAACCGUUGUCGUGUUUGCCGAGUUGCAUUGGAAUCCCGGAACUCUUUUACAAGCAGAAGAUCGGGCUCAUCGUGUUGGCCAGAAGGAUUCAGUUUAUGUACAAUAUCUGGUUGCUCGUAAUACUGCUGAUGAUAUGAUUUGGGAUAUGAUUCAGCGCAAACUGGAUGUGUUAGGACAGGUCAAUUUGUCGAGUGAAACAUUCCGAGAUGCUGAACGAAAGCAUCUGGCCUUUGAUAAAUUCCCCAAACCUGAUAUAAGCGAUUACUUUUUAGAACCUAAACGCAAAAAAACCGAUGAGCAAGAUGAGGAUGCUGAUGAUUGGAAAUAA